UUUUUGUACUCUUACAGCUCAUCACUAUUCAUUGCAAGCAAAACACCGUCGGUUCAGGAUAUUUUGCAUCUUUGUUACGAGUUGCUGCUGUGACAGAAGAAAGGGGGCUUUUUAUUUUUUUGUGAUUCUGAGAGAGAUUGUCGGUUGUGCGACGAACUGCGACUUGCAUUAGCUGAUCCGAUCGCACCCCACGACGAGUCUUUGGGAAUAGAACAGAACGCAGAGCAGCGAAGCAGUUCACCAGCGCAUCGCCAUGGCCGAAUCUGAAGGAGGAGGAGUCCCGCAGGGCCAAAAGCAAGGAUGGUCCUCUUUUAUCAAGUCGAUUGCGAACUUCUCGGGCGACCUGUCCUCGCUGACAGCACCGCCGUUCAUCCUCUCCUCGACCUCGCUCACGGAGUUCUCGUCCUACUGGGCUGAGCACCCUUCCAUCUUCGUUGCACCGGCCGCGGAGAAGGACCCCCAGAAGCGCGCGCUGCUUGUGCUCAAGUGGUUCCUCAGCACCCUCAAGCAGCAAUACGCCAGCCGCAGCGACAAGUACGGCAAUGAGAAGAAGCCGCUCAACCCGUUCCUCGGAGAGCUGUUUCUGGGGAAGUGGGUCGAUGCCGCUGGCACGACGGAGCUCGUGUCGGAGCAAGUCAGCCAUCACCCGCCAGUUACGGCCUACUCGAUCUAUAACAAGGAAAAGGGCGUCCAACUCCAAGGUUACAAUGCGCAAAAGGCCUCAUUCGCACGCACCAUCAACGUCAAGCAGAUCGGGCACGCCGUCUACUCCAUCCCCGCCUUCGACGAGACCUACCUAAUCACGCUACCCAACCUACACAUCGAGGGCCUCGUCUUCGGCGCCCCCUUCGUCGAGCUCAACGACAAGACCUACAUCACCAGCUCCUCAGGUUUCACCGCCAAGAUCGACUACUCCGGCCGCGGCUGGGUCUCAGGCAAGAAGAACAGCUUCACCGCCACGCUCUACCCGACCGGCAAGGAGAGCUCCAUCCUCUACACCAUCACGGGGCAGUGGAACAAGACCUUUGAAGUCCGCGAGGGCAAGAAGGGCGCCGUGAUCGACGACUACGACGCCGAGGCCUCCGCGCCCACCCCGCUCACCAUCGCCCCCCUCGAGCAGCAAGACCCGAUGGAGUCGCGGCGCGCGUGGUCCAAGGUUGCGGCUGGCAUUGCAGCGGGCGACAUGGACGCUACGGGUGUGGAGAAGAGCAAGAUUGAGAAUGAGCAGCGCGCGCUGAGGGCGAAGGAGAAGGAGGAUGGGUCGGAGUGGACGCGGAGGUACUUCACGCGUGUUGAGAGCGAUAAGUUGCUCGAGGCGCUGGCGCCGAAGAUUGGGCUGCUGGUGGAGGAUGAUAAGACGGGAGGGAUUUGGAGGUUUGAUGAGAAGAAGGCGACGGCGGAGGCGGGGAAGAAGAAUUAGAUGCGUGGAAGGGAGGGCCAUCUUGAGGGGGAUAUAUUGAUAGUCAUAGUAAUUUGUUGCUUUCGUUGGCAUUUUAUAGGGAGCAUUUUGGCCUUUCCGACUCGGCGAUGUGCUGGUGGGCGAGGCACCCAUUUGCUUGGGGUAGUAACAAAACAAUAGACGAAGCAAAGCUCGCGAUCGCAAAUAUGGAGGGAGAUAUAUUUUGGUUCUUUUUAGCUUUAAAGACGC